AAAGAUAUUAUUGGAAAUGUUGUCAUCAGAGGAAAAUGGCAGAAGGAGGAGUGAAGACUGUACUGUGUCGGUAUUUCAUGAAUGGCGUAUGUCGGGAGGGUGAUCGGUGCCACUUUUCCCACAACAGAGACUCCUCCCGGCCCUCCAUGAUAUGCCGCUACUACCUGAAGGGAAACUGCUACUAUGGACGCAGCUGCAGGUAUGAUCACACCUGGCCGGGUCACCAGAGUGGGUCAGAGUACAACCAGACAGAAGGUCCUCCCCAACACCUGGGUGAGUCGUCCCAGCAGGGGCCAGCGUGCACUGACACGUCCCGGCACAAAGAUGGGCUCACUCUGCCUGCGCCACACGUACAGUCUAGUCAGCCAAGCCUUCUGUCACAGAGCAAACCAAACAAGGACUUCAGCAGCACCUCCCAAAGCAGUCAUGUCACUAGCAACACCAGCAACAGCAGUAUCAGUAGUAGUAGUCUCAGGAAGAAGGGCAGCAGUGGCAGCCCCAGCAACAGCAACAGUGUGUCCUGUGUGGUGAGCCAAGGCCGCCAGGCACCCCAGCCCCUCCUGCAGGACAGCCGUGUGCCCUCCUGGGUGGACGCCCCAGAAUUUGUACCUAAACUUGCCAAAGAAGAUAUUUUAAACAGCCAGCCUGACAUCAGCACAUCCCUGGCCCCGACAGACUACGUCUCCUAUGCCCAGGUAGUCGGGGCCGGUAACAAGGAGACGUCCUCUACCACCUCCUGUGGCUCUGAUGGGGAGCUGUGUCCCACCUACCUGAUGUCUGGCAAGUGCCAGCUGGGGGAGCAGUGUUCCUACAUCCAUGGCCUGAUGUGUGAGGUGUGCCAGCUGGCCUGCCUCCACCCCUUUGAUGAGGAACAGAGAAGAAUACACAAGGAGGAGUGCACCAAACUGAUGGAGGCAGAGAUGGAGCACUCGUUUGCUGUGGCUCGCUCCAAGGACAAGGUGUGUGGUAUCUGUAUGGACACAGUGAUGGAAAGACCCCUGGCAUCACAGAGGAGGUUUGGUAUCCUGCCCAACUGUGCUCACUGCUUUUGCCUUAACUGUAUACGCAAGUGGCGGCAGUCAAAACAGUUCGAGAACAAGAUUAUACGGUCUUGUCCCGAGUGCCGAACACAGAGCGACUUUGUCAUCCCUUCACGCUACUGGGUGGAUGAUAAGGACAAGGAGGAGAAGGAUAAACUUCUGCUCAGCUACCAGCAGGCCCUCAGUGACAAGCCAUGCAAGUAUUUCAAGCAGGGUGAGGGUCAGUGUCCCUUUGGCAACAAGUGCUUCUACCUUCACGCACUCCCUGAUGGUACCAAGAAGGAUGUGGGGCCACCCAGGCGCCGGCGUCGCUUCAACGCUGAUGGGGAGCUGCAGCAGCACCUUGAUAACAUGGCACUGUGGGACUUUGUCCUGGAGCGUGAGCAUCGUCUGGAGCUCCUGCGAGGCUCCAUCCAAACCCUCCUACUGGAGCUGGAGCUGGAGGACCUGGCAGAUGAGUUCUACUUUGCUGAUGACUCUGUAUCUGAAGCAUCUGACCUGUAGUCCUCAUGCUGGGGGAAACUUGAUAGAGAAGAGAAUCAUGAUGGGGAGCAGUAUGCCGGAGGAAAAGUGUGGAGUCUUCGUAUUGAUCUCUGAUUUUUCAGUAUAAAGUCCCCCCCUGGUGAGUUUUUGUGCUGUAUUUUAUUUUUGUUCUUUAAUUUAUAUUUUUCCUCCAUCUAGUGUACCUACCAGAGAUACGGGGAUGAGUGCAUGCAGGGAGGAGUGCAGUGGAGGCUAUGGUUGGCUUCAUCUCCUGUGUGUCGGUGUGAUUUUUCUAUUCUGAAACAUUUCUUGAAGUGUUUGUGUUUGAUCAGCAAGCCAACACUCACCUCUGAGUAACUUCAUGUGUUGUUAUUUCAAUCUCCAACAUUUACUCAGUUGUGUCCUUUCCAGUGAUUUUUGUGUAUUACUUUCCUUCAUGAUAUUGUCUCAUGUUGGAGGAAUACUUAGAGGGGGUGAAUCCACUCCAGUGAGGAGGAUGAGGAUGAGUGUUUGUGCUUGCAUGGCAGGGUGAGGGGCAGGCCACCUUGCCACCUCCCCUCAAUUCUGCUGGGGCACCUCACAUGGCCUCCAGCACACACACACACACACACACACACACACACACACACACACACACACACACACACACACACACACACACACACACACACACACACACACACACACACACACACACACACACACACACACACAUACACACACACACACACACACACACACAUGCAUAGUCUUAGAGAAAUAGUCAUUAAUCUUGAUGGAAUUACUAGUUGCAUCUUCACUGGUUAAGAAUAUUAAGCAUUCUGAAAAGAGAAAACACAAAAAAAGUCUCAGAUAAGUGUAUGUCUAUGGACUAAGGUCUUCAAUAGGAUACUUAUAACACACACACACACACACACACACACACACACACACACACACACACACACACACACACACACACACACACACACACACACACACACACACACACACACACACACACACACACACACACACACACACACACACACACACACACACACACACACACUUCUAUUGACACCAUAAUUUAGUGAGUGACAACUCAGCUGUAUACCAAAGCACACUCACCACGCACACACACCAACACACCACUGCACUGCUUAACACACAGACAAGUUCUUCAGAGUGAAUGCCACAGUGAUAACCAAAUGCUGUUGUUUAAAAAAAAAAAGUGUGGUUCAUUCACUCUGCAUUCAUUCACCCUGCCCUCAGCCCAUCCCAGUGAGUGCUUUUCUCUCUGUCUGUCUGUCUCUCUCAGUCUGAGGAUGGAUGUUCGUGUUUUAGCUCGUAACUCUAAAGACUUCCCAUUGUGUGUAUGGAGGAUGCAAGGGUUAUCAGUCAUGCCAAAAAAAGAGUACCUUAUUUUCCUCUCCCAGCAUUUAGUUGUGGAAUUCAUGGCACCACCUCCCCCCCUCUCACACACACACACACACACACACACACACACACACACACACACACACACACACACACACACACACACACACACACACACACACAGGCUUGAUGGAAUGCUCUGGUGGGUCUGCCGAUGUAUUCUGUCAAAUACAUUUAAUUGCCAAUGACUUCCAUAAACCAAGAGCAUCAAGGGGAAGAAAGGUGCAUUCCCUUAAAGACUUGAUAUCCUGGGCAGCCUCUUUAGAUUUGUAUUGUGCAGAGUAAGUUGCAAAGCUUGAGAACCAAGGCUUUAUUGCGGGUCUCUUAUCUUUAUGCCAUUGGGUCUCAUUCAGCAACUCUUGAGAUUUUUGGAGUAGUAUGAAUACAUCUAUCCUAAAUUUGACAUUGUGAUUCUGACCACAUAUUUUUGAUCUUAGGUACAAGUUUUAAAGGGGUUAGGAACAAACCAUGCGACUCAUUUAUGCCAGACUAGCUGUCACCGAACCUUUUAGGUCGUGUGAAAUCUUAGUGUAGCCGUGCGAUCAAGAGUGUUUGAGGCGGAAGGUAAGGUGUGCUCUCAAACUGUUCACCGCAGCAAUGUAACAAAAGAAAUAUGCUUUGUCAUGUCCAUUAGUAUGUAUGUAUGUAUGUAGUGUUGAGGUGUCCCCCACCAGUCCACUGCCUCACCACCACCACCGCCACCACUGCCUCUCCAUUAGAGGAAGGAAGGAAGAAAGGAAGGAAGGAAGCACCCACCAAAACCUCUUGAUAUGUGUGGUUAAGUGUCUACUAUUUAUCCUUUGCUGUGACAGAGAAUCUUGCGUGCUCAAAAACACAAAGACUUUAAAACUUUAUGGCUUAUCCCACAAGUUCAAAUGUACUUAGUUGUUGUCGAUUAAUCGUGUCGCCUUAAAUUCUCGGAGAGUUUUUACUGCCGGAGCAGUGAUGUCAAUUGACAAUUUUGAUUCCAGCUGUGACAAUUUCAAUAUUUUUUAAUUUGUUAGAGGUGGAAAGAGUUGUAGGACUGACGCUUACGUAGUCUUUUGUCUUAUGGUAUACGUGUAUAUAUACAUAUAUAUAUAUAUAUAUUAUAUUAUAUAUAUGAAGGACUUUUGUGAUAUUCAGAAAUUAACUGCCUUGAAGCAAGCUUCUGUUGUAGAGCUGUAACCUGAAGAGAGUGACGCAGAACCUUGAUUUGACUUUAUGGUGGUCUGGUGCCUUUGGUCAUCAUUCUUAUUUAUUAUUCAUGUCAGAUUAUUAUCAUUAUUAUUUACAUUUUAUUCCAUUAUUAGGACUAUUUUUAAAGACUUGUAUGGCAGGUGAAAGGUUGCCUAUGCUUGUAAGGUCAUGAGGGUGAGUGCAAGAAGGCCAUCAGUCAGGCAUCACUGUGCAGAUUGCAGACUUAAUCAUGAGUGGUUGUCUUGCCCGGACUCUUGGAUUCCUUGCCUUCUUGUACUUGGGGGAUCUGGCUGAGUCACGGGAAGUUGACAGAGUGAUGCUCCCUAAGCAAAAACUUUAAGGUGAUCCCUAAGCAAAAAAUUUGAGAUGAUGUUCAGAUUUUUGCUGAGAAGGGAGAGCCACAUGUGAAGCACAAGUGUGUGUAGCAGGCAGGUGUGCAUGACUUCCUUGUAAGCCUAAGCUUGGUUGGAUGUCGUCCUUAAGUCAGUUUGCAUUCAGUUCUCUGCUUGAGGUUGUAAUUUGUAGUGUGAAGAGGAGGGCAGUUCCAACUGAGAAAUGAAAAAAAACAAACAAAAAAAAAACAACAAAAAAAAAAAAAAAAAAAAACUAAAAAAAAAACUAAAUGUAGAACAAAAAAUGUGCUCACUUUUCAGAAAAUAUGCUAAGGUUAUGUAGAUGUUCUUGCUCACCUGCAUGGAAAUUACCAAUUGAGUUGGGCUUUCUUUGUUACAAAAUGAAAAAAAAACCUUAAGUCUUAUAAACCAUAAAUACUCUAGUUUUGUAGAAGGUGACUGAGAAAACACUGUCGUGCUCUAGGCUGCUUAUUUGUGACUGAUGUUCAUUGUUCCUCAAGUUAAGGUAUUCAUCCUUGUACUGAAUCCAAAUGAAGUUCUGAGGCAUUUCCUUGAGUGUGAGGAGUGUAUUCUUACAUUGCUAGUUUGUAGUGUUACGCUUCACCAUCUGUUCCUCCGUCAGUACGUAACGUUAUUGGUAAGACUCACGGUACACAAAUAUCGUACAUUCUAAAGAUCCCCAGCCACUGCCAUGGAAUUUCUUUUUGUAUGUGUGCUGUGGUUGCAUGCAUACAUAGUUUCCAAGUGUAUUGAAUGUUUUGGUCAGUCGUAUGGUUCCUGUCAAUGUUGGCCUCAUGUAUUUAUUUUUUGUAACCAUUCCAUAUCUAGUUGUUACUUUAGUGCAAGACAAAACAGUUAUCCUGGCUGGAGACACUCCAAGCUGCUGCAGUUGUUAGGUCGUCCCAGCAGAAGUGCCCUUGAAAAUUUUUUGGUGUGACCGUUCAUAUGUUUGUGAUGUAGAAAGUACAGAGGGAAUCUACAUGUUACUAGAGGUGUGUUCAGGAUGCCAAUUUUCUCAUCCACUGUUUUGAAACAUUCUCACCCAGCCAGAUACAGUUCCUAGCAUUGAUAAAUUUCUGUUUUGUGUUUUGUGUCUUCCUUUGUAUGCAAAAUAUUCUCUUCAGGACAUUCUUUGUUUAGUUUUUUUGCACAUAUUUCUUGCUUCCUGCUAUCUCAUGUCAUCUUUUCCAUUUUCAUCCACCCCUCUUCACUCCAUGCCUUUCUUUGUGAUGCUUGUCUUGUGUCUGAUUGGGAGCACAUGGCAAACUGUGUUAUGCUCAUAGCUUGGUAUGAUAAUGAAAAAAAUUAUCACAAUAACCAAUAAAUUGAUAAUGAUAACCUUAUCGGCGAUAACCAAUAAUUGAUAACUGGUGAUAAAUUUAUUGCCUGAUGACUGAUAAAUAGAUAAAUCCAAAAUCCCGAUACAAUUGAUAAUGAUGUUGAUAUUGAUAUUUUGAAUAAAAAAGCUGAUGAAUCCAAAUCCUUAUAUUUAUCUUGGAAAACUUAGAAAAAUCUUUGAAAAAAAUUCAAAUUCAAUGUUUGUCCCGCCUCCACUAAUGAAAAGUACUGUUUUUUUCGUAAAAGAACUACAUUUGAUUUUGAAAGCUUAAAAGUUCAAUAUGCUCAUGUUCCAAAAACUAAAAUGGAUCACCUGAAGAUCCGCCACCCCACAGGGAUCACCUGAAGAUCCGCCACCCCAGAUUGUCUCACCUGAAGAUCCGCCACCCCAGAUUGUCUCACCUGAAGAUCCGCCACCCCAGACUCUCUCACUUGGUUAGGUUAGGUUAGGUUAGCCUAACCUAACCUAACCUAACCUAACCUAACCUAACAACAUGAACGCAUUAAAAAACUGAGUGGAUAUAAAAAAUGCAGAAAAAAGUUUACUUCAUUAAAAGUAUGGGAUCACCUGAAGAUCCGCCACCCCAGAUUGUCUCACCUGAAGAUCUGCCACCCUGAGUGCGGCUGGGGUGGCGAAUCUUCAGGUGAUCCAUUAAAAUUAUUGAUUAUUGCUAGUUUGGAACCAUAAGUAUCAGCGAUACUGAUGAAUCGAUAAUGCAGGAAAAAUAAUUAUCAGAUAACCGAUAACCCGAUAUCAUUAUCACAAUAAUUUAUUAUGAUAAUUCCCACCUAUGAUUGUGCUGCACCUCUGGUUUUCCCAGAUACCCAACUUGCAGGGGAGAACUGCUAACUGAGCUUUGUGCUGUCUGUCCUGACCAUGAUUUAAACCGAAAACAGCACUUUGGUAGUACAUUGUGCUUGUAACCAUUGGACACACACACACACACACACACACACACACACACACACACACACACACACACACACACACACACACACACACACACACACACACACACACACACACACACACACACACACACACACACAGGAUUAAUGUUAAGUAUUUCCCCACCCCCUCUGUACAUUUUCAGUUUGUUAACUGCCUAAAUAAUAAACCGUUUAUUAUUAUUAUUAUUAUUAUUAUUAUUAUUAUUAUUAUUAUUAUUAUUAUUAUUAUUAUUAUUAUUAUUAUUAUUACACACACACACACACACACACACACACACACACACACACACACACACACACACACACACCUGGAUCUGAUGGGGUCCCUCCUAUUGUUCUCUGAAACUGUGCCUCCAUGCUUGCACCUUGCCUAGUCAAACUCUUUAAGCUCUGUCUGUCAACAUCUACAUUUCCUUCUUGCUGGAAGUUUGCCUACAUUCAGCUUGUUCCUAAAAAGGGUGACCGUUCUAAUCCCUAUCUAAAGUUUUUGAAUCUAUCCUCAACAGGAAGAUUCUUAAACAUCUAUCACUUCACAACCUUCUAUCUGAUUGCCAGUAUGGGUUCCAUCAAGGCUGCUGUACUGGUGAUCUGGCUUUCCUUACUGAGUCUUGGUCAUCUUCUUUUAGAGAUUUUGGUGAAACUUUUGCUGUUGCCUUAGACAUAUCAAAAGCUUUUGAUAGAGUCUGGCACAAAGCUUUGAUUUCCAAACUACCCUCCUACGGCUUCUAUCCUUCUCUCUGUAACUUCAUCUCAAGUUUCCUUUCUGACCGUUCUAUUGCUGCUGUGGUAGAUGGUCACUGUUGUUCUUCUAAAUCUAUUAACAGUGGUGUUCCUCAGGGUUCUGUCCUGUCACCCACUCUCUUCUUAUUAUUCAUGAAUGACCUUCUAAACCAAACUUCUUGUCCUACGCUGAUGAUACCACCCUGUACUUUUCCACAUCUUUUCAUAGACGUCCAACCUUUCACGAAGUAAACAUUUCAUGCAGGGAAGCCACAGAACACCUGACUUCUGAUCUUUCAAAAAUUUCUGAUUGGGGCAGAGCAAACUUGGUAUUGUUCAGUGCCUCAAAAAUUUAAUUCCUCCAUCUAUCAACUCAACACAACCUUCCAGGCAACUAUCCCCUCCUCUUCAGUGACAAUCAACUGUCCCCCUCUUCUACACUGAACAUCCUCGGUCUGUUCUUUACUUAUAAUCUGAACUGGAAACUUCACAUCUCAUCUCUAGCUAAAACAGUUUCUAUACAGUUAGGCAUUCUGAGAGGUCUCUGCCAGUUUUACUCACCCCCCCUCCCCUCAGCUGCUAACUCUGUACAAGGGCCUUAUCUGUCCAUGUAUGGAGUAUGCUUCACAUGUCUGGGGAGGGUUCCACUCAUACCACUCUUCUAGACAUGGUGGAAUGAAAAGCUUUUUGUCUCAUCGACUCCUCUCCUCUAACUGACUGUCUUCAGCCUCUCUCUCACCGCCACAUUGUUGCAUCUCUAGCUGUCUUCUACUGCUAUUUUCAUGCUUACUGCUCUUCUGAUCUUGCUAACUGCAUGUCUUCCCUUCUCCUGUGGCCUCGCUGCACAAGAUUUUCUUCUUUCUGUCACCCCUAUUCUGUCCACCUCUCUAACGCAAGAGUUAACCAGUAUUCUCAAUCAUUCAUUCCUUUCUCUGGUAAACUCUGGAACUCCCUGCCUGCUUCUGUAUUUUAACCUUCCUAUGACUUGAAUUCUUUCAAGAGGGAGGUUUCAAGACACUUAUCCUUCAAUUUUUGACUACCGCUUUGGACCCUUUUCUGGGACUGGCAUCUCAGUGAGCUUUUUUAUUUAUUGGAUUUUUGUUGCCCUUGGCCAGUGUCCCUUCUACAUAAAAAAAAAAAGGGUUGUGCUUAUAACCACUGGACACACACACACACACACACACACACACUCUCUUCAGUAGAUGAUGACAGUUUUACUUAUCAUGUUUCUUAUUUUUCUGUUUCAGUAAUUAUUCUAUGUGAAUCUUGUGUCUUGACUGUUUCCCUCUUUUGUCAAAUACUUGGGAAUGUUUUUCAAGUGUUGAAAGAGUAAAUGGCAUCCUGAAACACAUCUGAAUUCUUUUUUAUAGCAUUUGUAGCGUCGGAUAAUCCACAUCAAAAGCCUCAGUGUUCAGUAGUGAAGUGUCCCGAGCUGCCGUGAGCCGCCCUCGUACAAAGCCCACGGGGAAGGGACUGUCUGCCUGAACCUUACCUAAAUGUUAAAUUCAAUUACUAGGUUGCAGCUGAACCUUGCAAGACUGUAUUCACUCACAUGGGACCAACAAAGCCGACUGCUAAAACCUCCCCGCUGGCAACUGGGUGUAAUCUGUAGGUGCUCGGCGGGACUCACCAGCUGCUCUGCUCUCACGAUUAGAUGUAACUUCUCAGGUUUCAGCCACAGUUCUAUUUAUUGUGAAAUUAUCAAGUGGAAAGAAAGGGGUGUUAAAGUGUUUUAAAAGGUGUAUUUUAUUGUAAAUGCUUAAGUCAGCAUGUAACACUGCUAGUAAGCUGAUAAAUAUACCAUUUCAGUCUUUUUAAUUGUACUGUCAGGUAGUUACAAAAUUUAGUUAUAUCAAUAUCGCCUCGUGUGUGGCGUUGUUGUCAUGGCAACAGUACACUUAGCUGAUACAUGUGUUUGGCAAAUGAAGUACAAGAUGUGUUCACCAUCAUUCGCAGCUUUUAUUCAAGGCUGAGAGCAUUGAAGUCUCAUAUAUAACUGAAUCAUAAUCUCAAUUGUCUUUCAUGAAAAUGUACCACCAGCUUUAAUAAAUGUUCUGGCCACGUAAGGGAGGCUUGAGAUGCAAGGAGGAGGAGGAGGAGGAGGCUUGCCAGUGUUGUUGUGAGGACAGUCUACAGCUGAGCGAGUGAGUGAGCGAGUGUGUGCCGCCUUGAACAGUGUCCCACCCACACUCCCAUUAUGGUGUUCCGGUGUUGUGAGGUUCUACUGUGUGUCCAAUGUGAUAUUGCUUACACUUACUACUCCUCUGUGUGCCAUGUUACACCAACAGUGAUGACACAUAACUUAGGUAAUUCCGUUUCUUAUUUAACGUUUGUAAAUAUGAAAGUGUGUGAGAGCAUGAACAUAGUUAUGCAAUGAUCAUUACUAUUUUGCUCUUCAUGUAGCACUGAUCUGCAUCACUUGCCAAAGUUUAUGAGGGAAUGAAAGCGUACAAAUGAGAUUUUUUUCUUAUGCUGAUCUACAGUGUCUUGGGGAGAACCGAGAGGCCGCACACCGGAGCUUGGGUUUUGUUGCGUUGUCUCGGGAGUCGUGCUCUCGGCCGGUGGUUGAGGAGAGGUCGUUCUGGACUUGCUUCAGGGAACUUCCUAAUUCUUGUUUUAUUACUUAAUCAGUCCCUGUAGUCUCUCAGGAAAUUUUAUAGUCUGUUGGAUACGAUUUGUGAGUGUGUUAAGUUCGGGUGCCCGGGAUCCCUCUCAAAAGUGCAUCAACGUUCCUCAUAGUGAGAAGUGUUGCAUCCUUCCCUUUCAAAUUACAAUGCCUUUGCACACCCUUGCUAUGUAUUUGUAACUCAUUGUACUAAGAUUAGUUGCAUUUUCAAAGUUUCUGGUAGUGAGAAAAUGAGGGAAGAGGAAUUGUUGCCAGCAUUUUGUUUGAUUCAUCAAAAGUCUUUUGUUCUUAGUAAAAUUAGUGUGGCUGUAUGUGAUUUCUGGCUUUCAUCUAGAAGCUGAAGUUGUUUGAGAAUGUCAAGACUGUAGUCUGGUGAGUUAUAAAUGUUUUAUAAUGGCGGGAUAUUUGCCUGUGUUCGCCCAAACUGAACUAAAUUGUAUAUAUAUAAGAUGAAUCUUAAUACUUUAUUAGUGUACAGAAUUGGAUAAUAUUCCAAAUAUAUAUCGAUUUUUUAUUUGCCUGAGGAGGAAUUUUGGUUAUUCUUAGGUGAUGUGAACCUUGUCCGCCCGCUGCCCUUCUGCCACCCCCUUCUCCCACGUGUAGCACCCAGCAUGACCCAGACUGGCCCAUUUCCAUCACGUGACUCAUCCACUACAAACAGCAACACUUCAACGUAACACUAACAGCAUUGGUGUCACUGCUACUCUAGUCCAUAGGUGCUCCAUUACAUGUGCCUUCUGAAAGGGAAAAAAAGAAAAAAGAAAAAAAAAUUGUAAUCCUUUGUAUAUUUUACAAACAUCAUUUUGAGCAGCAGCAGCAUCUUUGACAUUCCAUGCCCCCCCCUAGGAAGUGUCACCUUUCCCCCUUCAUAGCAUCCCUGCCUUCAUGAUACCCUGUCCUCUAUAGCAUCACAUCAUCUUCCCUUUCUUCAUUGUUCACUGUCAUACCACUUGCUUGAAGGUCACACUCUCAUGCCUCCUGCCGCAGAGUGGAGUGUGUUAUUACCACUGCUGUGAAUUGUAAUGACACGUCACUGAUUCUGAUGAAGUUGGCCAGUCUCUUAUUCCCUUAGGUUCCCUUUGCAGCUCAUCUUGAUGUUGGUAAUGCCUUCCCAAACCAAGCAGCGUUGAUGGCUCCUACUCGUUGCUCAACACUGCUCUACAGCCUCGUACUGCCCUCCACACCAUCACAGUACUGCUGCGUGUUAUCCCUACAGCUGUUAAUACCGCAUCCAUCUUCCCUAAGACAUGGAACUUUGGUGUCAAUAUAACGUUUAACAUCAGCCUACAUCUGCAGGUUACCCCACGCACCGCCAUGCUGUGUGACCCUCCCGCCAGUUUCUGCACACGUAUGCCUAAGUGCUAUGCUGAUGAAAUAAUCUCUAGGUGAACAAUUACAAAUCACUAAAUAUG